AUUGCAAAAAGAAACGAGGGAUUUCAACGUUUUAUCAUCUUUUUGGGUGUAAACGUGAAUUCGUACAUCUUUUCUUACAUCUAAAUCCGUGAAGUAGAGUAUUUCUAAGGUAGCGUUCUUAAUUCGAGGACAACGGGGAUCGAUCUCAGAUCAAGAGCGAAAGCGCUCGUCCUGGGAUGAUUCAGUUUCAAAAUUGAACUUGAAGAGAUGUAACCUUAAUAUCCGUUACCGAAUAACUUUAUUCUGUGAGAAUAGACUCAUAACAAUGUGCGAAACAAACCAAUUCACUGCUAACAGUGGCGAACAAASACGAGMCACGMAGGAAGACGAAUUUUACAACGAGGAACAAAAUGGCUUGGUGAAGUUUGACAUUGGUGAAUUUGUGCACAAUCACAGAAAGGUCCAGCUUCUUCUAGGGCCRUGGAUCAGGCUUUUGGACACCCUGUUGAACAUCAUACGAUGGCAGUCUCCAUAUGUGUCUUUGUUCUGGAUGGUAUUAUUUUGUUUCAUUGCUGUUUUUUCUCCAAUUUGGUUUAUAGUAAUACCAUUCUUCUAUGUCAUAAGCAUCAUGUGCUUGUCUGGUAUCAAGAAACAAGGCAAGCAAAAGAGUAAAACUAUACAAAGAACCAUUAAAAAGAAAGCUGAUAACAAUGACUUGAUCUUUAAAGCAACUGUUGAGAAGCAGGUCAAGGAAGAUGUUAAAGACUUCAUCACACUAUUAGUUCAGCUAGAAGCACUAACUGAACUGCUCACAAAGGGACUAGAGGAUAUUAACAGAAUUAUAAAAUGGGAAGAUUUCAAGACUUCAAUAAGUGUUUUCCUUGGCAUGCUGUUUGCAAUCAUAUUACUACUUCUAGUGCCUUUAUCAGCAAACCUUGUGUUUGUUAUUGUGAGUGUGUUUUGCCUCAAUGUYGGCUUCAAACCAGUUGCUGUUCAAGUUUUCUCUGCAUUCAAGAAGGAAAUCAAGAGUGCUUUGUCAUUGCUUGGUCUCGGGGAAUUAUUAUUCUCAGCCAAGACUGACAGGCAAAUGUCUGCUAGCAGUAUGGAAGAGGAUAAAUGGUAUGAUGCUGAAGUGAAUGGGAUGCCCGAGCAAAGCAGUGAUGAAUAUGACAGUGAUAGUUAUUCUCAGGAGCUGCAGGAUUCAUCGUCAAUUUUAUCACAACUAGCUGACUAUAGGAGAAAGCAGAAAAAAUUAAACAGUGGAAAAUGUCGUUCUUGUGAUGUUCCAUUCUCGUCAAUCCUCAAGAAACGGCAAUACUGCAGACACUGUGGAGAAAGUUUCUGUUCAAAAUGUUGCUCWCAYCGAGURAAACGAUCAGUCUUUGGAGCAACAGCACCUGCGGCCUAUGAAGAAACAGUUUUGGUUUGUAAACCAUGUUUURAUCUACUGAUGAAUGUGAAUGCUAUCGAUCAGCCAACUGGGACAGCAUGGUGAACGGAAAAUCUUAUUCGAGUUGAAACACAUGGAAAAACUACAAGGGGAAUGACCGAUCCUGUGCAGUGACCAAACAAUCAGAACGCUCAGGGCCAGAUACCCGACAUUAGUCUUUCGUUGUUACAUAUUYUUUCGUAUGUGUAACUCUUAAUUUCUGUAUCUAAAGAAAAAUCAAGUUAUCGUCAACAACAGGUCAAGAGUUAAUUUGAUAAACAUACUUGGAGAAUUUUGAUGCUGGGUGUUGCUCAAGGCAUUAUAGUAGGGCCACUUAUUGUAUUCAAAGAAGAAUCAAGUUAAAUAUUAUCAAUAUCAGGUCAAGAGUUAUUUUAAUAAACAUUCUUGGAGAAAUUUGAUGUCGGGUGUUCCUCAAGGCAUUAUAGUGGGGCCACUUCUUGUAUUCAAAGAAGAAUCAAGUUAAUAUCAUCAAUCACAGGUCAAGAGUUAUUAUGAUAAACAUACUUGGAUAAUUUUGUUGGGUGUUCCUCAAGACAUUAUAUUGGGUCCACUUCUUGGUACACUAUCCUUCUAUACGUCUGAUUUACUUGAAAGGUGGGACAAAAGCAACUAGCAAAUGAUGAACAUUUGGUAGAAGGUUUUAUCCCAACUCUCUCGUUCAAAGUAUGACUGGAUCCUUUGGCAUAUGAGCAGCAUUCUCAACUCCAUCGAGGCUACGAUCAUCUSAAAGACGUUAUAACGGUUUGCCUAUUUCGUCUUUUAGAAAAGUGGRCAGCAACAACUAUUGAUUGAAACAUUUGACGAAUAUUUGAAGAGUUUUCACGUUUAUGUAAUGAAUUUUGUUUGAGCUCUUCAAUUUAAAUUCUUACCCUGUCGGGAACGUCUGUUUUAAAUCAAGUAUAACAACGAUUUUUAAAAAGCUACAAUUGCGGUGUGAACUAGACAUAUCUCAAGUUAGGAUAAUCAUCAAAUCAAAUCAAGAUAUUUACCACAGAAGAAGUAAGGGAGUUAAAGUUGUGUUCGUCCGCACAGCUCCUACGAUACGGUUGCUAAGGACYACAAAACUUACAGGUAACCUUGCUCUCGCGGUAUUAAAUCCUCGAGCAGUCUUCGUCAGAAAAUUACGUUGUUUUCCAAGUGACUUGUCUCAAGAGAGAAAUGGCAGGAGUAURAUAAGAUGGCUUCUGUUUCACUUGUUUUAUGGCCUCGACUUUUCCAUUACUUCAUAAAUGACUUUCAUGUUGUGGAAUGUCAGUGAUUCUGAUUACCUCAACAAGGCAGUGAAACUAUUGAAAUUGUCGUGCUGUGAUUGGUGGAAUGGCGUCCAAUACCUGUCAUAACAGGUAUGAUGAUAUCAUGAUGCGUUGAUGCAGAAAAACUGGGCUUGAAAUCCGCGUUAUUUGAACACAGCUGUGUAGCCAAGGAUGRAACAAAUUGAUACAGUUGAAAAGACAACAUUACCUCAUGUUUGAAAACAACUAUCAUAAUUUGACAAAUGACCUGUACAGUAUAGUAAAAUCAARUAAGAUGGUAUCAAUUGAGUGAAGCUUAUACCAACAUAUGACCAUUUCGAAGUUGAAUUAAUUUAUUUAAUGAUCUAUUGAAUUCAAU